GUCUGCUGUGCUGAUUGUGCUACCCUAAUCCCUUUCACGACCGGCUGGCAGCUGGCUAAAAUUUUCGUUUUUGUGUCAAAACAAAGUUUUCCAAAACUCAUACACCGGCUGAAGUUUUUCUACCUGGUCCUGCUCGGUGAUGAAUAUGACUUCCAAAACAAGUUUCUCGUGCAUCAUAUUGCUGUUGUGCUCAACAUUGUGCUCGUCUUCUUCAAAAGAGAACGAAAUGACAGUCAGCAUUGACCCCGGCGUCGAGGAAUGCUUCUUCCAGAAUCUCAAAUUCGGGACACACGUCGACGUAGAGUACCAAGUCAUCGACGGCGGCCAGGGUGAAUUGGACAUCAACUUCAAUAUGUGGUCACCGUCCAGUCAUUUGGUCGUCUCGGACUAUAAAAAGUCUGAAAAUAGUCACAGGUUUCCUAUUCAAGAGGAUGGUGACUACAAAUUCUGCUGGGACAACUCAUUCAGCAGCUACAACAGCAAAACUGUCUUCUUUGAAAUUCUGGUUGAAACUGAAGGAGAAGGCGACGAUUGGAAUUGGGACGAAGACAUUGGGCUGACGGCUGAGGACGUGUACGAAAUCAAGGUCCAGGAUAUCCAGGAAGCGAUUAGUCGCGUCCAUUUGCAGCUGACCAAAGUUCGUCAUGUGCAGGAUCAAAUUCGAGCUCACGAAGCGAGAGAUCGAAAUAUUGCUGAGGGCAAUUUCACCAGGGUAAACUCUUGGUCCAUGAUCCAGAUUUGCCUCAUGAUCGCCGUUGGGGUAGUGCAAGUAAUCAUGGUACGAAGCUUAUUCGACGAUUCGUCAAAAGUCAACAAAUUGUGGAAAAAGGCCAACCUCGGUGCAGGGGUUUCGAGCUACAUGCCCUUCAAUUAAGAUAUAUUUGUGUUCUCAUCUGUCUUUCAACAUUUGGAUUGUUUUAACAUUUUGUGUGCCACCAAGUUAUUUAUAAUAUAACAGUUUCUUGCGAAUCACUAGUUUGAAGUUCCUGACGCCCGUCGUUAUAAUUAACGUCAACCUUGCCAAGUUUUUUGUGUUUAUUUUUAAGUGCAUCUUUCUUUACCAGUGUGUAUAAUUUUCUACAAGUUCAGCACAAAUUAAUGUAACUAGUCUUUGUUGAGGAAAACCAGCCAGUUUGUAUGUUGUACUGCCAAAAUAGAGAUUUGUGAGUAAAUAUUAUUUCACUCAUUUUUUAGAAAGGCUGAUGUUGAUACAAAAAGAAAGAGAUCACAAUAAUCUGUACCAAAAAUCAACACGGAUGCCCUCAAGUUGAAGGCUUAAUAUAAGUGUCAUGUGAUAAUGCAAAAGUUGAAAACAAGUUGUAAUUUUUCAAUGUAGCUCGUGUAACUUUUUACAGCGAUAAUAUGAAGCUCAAAAUUUGCAAUAAAAGAGCAAAAUUGAAUAAUUUCAGACAAAA